AUGGUCGUCUUUCAAGCUUCCUCUUUCCCUGCGCUGAAGUUCAGACGUGUUCCUGAUGGACUGGCGGAGAGACAUGUUGAGGGGAGUGAGUGUUGUUUGAUUCAUGUUGAUGAUAGGGAUGGGAAGGGGGUUUGGGUUAAUCCUGAUGUGAAGGUUGCGUAUGGGGGGACUGCGGAUGGGGUUGUGAAUCCUGAGGGGGGAGUGUGGCCGGGAUGGGGAGGGAGAGUGGUGGGGGUGUGGUUGAAUAGGGGGGUCCGCGUUCUUGGGGGAUUGGGGAGGUGGAUUGAGAAACGGAAGAUUGAGGGACGUGUGAGGGGUUGGGAAAGGGGGGGUGGGGAAGAGGAGAAGGGGGUGGAGUGUUUGGUUGAUGAGAUGCAGGUGCUUGUGCCUAAUGGGUGGAUGCAUCUAUGA